UUAGACCUAGUGUAUUCCCAGGCCGCUCUUUCUCCUUGGUCCUCCAGAAGAAUAAAAUAGGCCUCCAACACUUCCCGUCGCUGUUCCUCCUUCCCUCUGAAGACGAACCAGAAUGGUGACCAUGGCGUCCGCGGAGCAUCACCGUCUCCUCCUCCCCCAAUUCCUCUCCUCCGACCUCUGUAAGGAGCUGGAGUUCAUCCACCGGAGCUGCGGCACGGUGGGAUAUCGCCCCAACGUAUUCUCCACGACCCUCUCCCACCUCAUCGCCACCAACUGCGCUCACCUCAUUCUCCCUUUUCUCUCCAUCAGGGAGAGUCUCAAGGAGAAGGUCGAGGAGUCCUUCGGAUGCGAGUUCGAGCUCUUCAUCGAGUUCACCGGCCUCAUCAGUUGGUGCAAAGGAGCAUAUAUUGGAUGGCACAGUGAUGACAAUAGGUCUUAUCUUAAGCAAAGAGAUUUUACGGCAGUUUGCUACUUAAACAGUCACGGAAAGGAUUUCAAAGGUGGAAUAUUUCACUUUAAAGAUGGGGAACCUUCAUCCCUUGCGCCAGUUGCUGGAGAUGUUGUCAUCUAUACGGCUGACAAUCGCAACAUUCAUUCUGUAGAUGAGGUUAUUGAUGGUGAAAGACUCACAUUAACUCUUUGGUUCACCCGUGACAGUGCACAUGAUGAGGAUGCCAAGCUGAUCACUCUUCUCUCUCGGUUAUUAUUGACCCGAGAAGAUGAUGAACGUAAUUCUAACCUGCCUUUGCCAGCAUCUGAUAACAUGUAUUGGUUUUCUCAUGGGGAUUCGGGUUUUGAUAUACGCUGUGCCAGGCUGCAAAUCCUUGGGUUUAGUUUCUAUUCAUCCAGUGAUGGCAAAUAUGAUGCAUCUGAUACAUCACAGGACCCUUUGGAGCUACUUGUGAAGCCCUUGCGAAUUGGUAGAGGGAAUGAAAUUUUUGAGAAGGAAUUCAUCAACAGUUUGCAUGCUCUGCAGGUGGUGCAAUUCUACUACUGGAAAGCCCCUGGAUUGAUCUCAGAAACAAGAGAAACUGGGACUGCCAUGGGAUCGGCCCAACAUUCUCAGAUAGAGAAGUCUAGCAACUUAGAAUUGGUGUUGCCAUGCAAUCACAAACUUGCUGAGACGGUUUUAGGCCUCAUGUCGUAUGAUGAUUCAAAUCUUUCCUUUAACUGGAAUGACUGUGCACUUGCGGUUAGCAGGUGGGAAGACUAUAUACGUAGAUUAUAUGGAGACUUGUCAAUUCUUAUGCCAUAUUGGGUAGCCCAGCAGGCUGUAUUCUUUGUCGAUCCUGCUGAGCUGAAGAAAUGAAAUGAAUGAUCUUUCAAUUAUGCUGAAAGCUAUUGCAAUUUAAUUAUUCUAUGCCUCUUUUAG